UUCAACACUUUCCUUAGUGUUCUUGGGGUCUAUAUAUAUAUUAUAUAGGGGCAUUAUGGGAAUAACUGGAGUUUGCUCUAGGUUACUUGGGGACUUGGUUCAAGCCUUUGGAGGGGUCUCAAGGCCAAGCACAGAAUGCAAGCCACAAAAUGGCAGUUGCAAGCCACAAAAUGCAAGCAAAGUUGAUGAGUCUAUGGCAAGGGCACUGAUCACAGUGUUUGGGAUGGAAACCAAUGGAAGAAUCAAGAAGGAAAACGCACGGAGGGUGGUGGAGAAUCUAGGGUUGAUAUGUCAUGAGGAAGACAAGUCGAGUUUUGACUUGCCAGGGGAUGAUCAUGAGGUGCCAGUGGAGGAGGUUCUUGGUGGUUUGGAGGAGGAGGACGAUGGGUCCAAGCACAAUGAGCUUUUGCUCGAGGCAUUCAAGAUUUUUGAUGAGGAUGGUGAUGGGUUUAUAGAGGCUGUGGAGUUGAAGAGGGUGUUGGAGUGUUUGGGGUUGGGGAGUGGGUGGGAUAUGGAUCAGAUUGAGAAGAUGGUGAGGGUUGUGGAUGUGAAUUUGGAUGGGAAGGUUGAUUUUAAUGAGUUUGAGUUGAUGAUGGGGGUAAAAUGUUAGAAAUGCAUUGCUUAUUUUUUUUCUCAACAAUAUC